CUGCAGGAGCUGCCCAGAAACUUUUCCCUGCUCUCACCGGGCGGGGGAGAGAAGCCCUCUGGACAGCUUCUAGAGUGUGCAGGUUCUCGUAUCCCUCGGCCAAGGGUAUCCUCUGCAAACCUCUGCAAACCCAGCGCAACUACGGUCCCCCGGUCAGACCCAGGAUGGGGCCAGAACGGACAGGGGCCGCGCCGCUGCCGCUGCUGCUGGUGUUAGCGCUCAGUCAAGGCAUUUUAAAUUGUUGUUUGGCAUACAAUGUUGGUCUCCCAGAAGCAAAAAUAUUUUCCGGUCCUUCAAGUGAACAGUUUGGCUAUGCAGUGCAGCAGUUUAUAAAUCCAAAAGGCAACUGGUUACUGGUUGGUUCACCCUGGAGUGGCUUUCCUGAGAACCGAAUGGGAGAUGUGUAUAAAUGUCCUGUUGACCUAUCCACUGCCACAUGUGAAAAACUAAAUUUGCAAACUUCAACAAGCAUUCCAAAUGUUACUGAGAUGAAAACCAACAUGAGCCUCGGCUUGACCCUCACCAGGAACAUGGGAACUGGAGGGUUUCUCACAUGUGGUCCUUUGUGGGCACAGCAAUGUGGGAAUCAGUAUUACACAACGGGUGUGUGUUCUGACAUCAGUCCUGAUUUUCAGCUCUCAGCCAGCUUCUCACCUGCAACUCAGCCCUGCCCUUCCCUCAUAGAUGUUGUGGUUGUGUGUGAUGAAUCAAAUAGUAUUUAUCCUUGGGAUGCAGUAAAGAAUUUUUUGGAAAAAUUUGUACAAGGCCUGGAUAUAGGCCCCACAAAGACACAGGUGGGGUUAAUUCAGUAUGCCAAUAAUCCAAGAGUUGUGUUUAACUUGAACACAUAUAAAACCAAAGAAGAAAUGAUUGUAGCAACCUCCCAGACAUCCCAAUAUGGUGGGGACCUCACAAACACAUUCGGAGCAAUUCAAUAUGCAAGAAAAUAUGCUUAUUCAGCAGCUUCUGGUGGGCGACGAAGUGCUACAAAAGUAAUGGUAGUUGUAACUGACGGUGAAUCACAUGAUGGUUCAAUGUUGAAAGCUGUGAUUGAUCAAUGCAACCAUGACAAUAUACUGAGGUUUGGCAUAGCAGUUCUUGGGUACUUAAACAGAAACGCCCUUGAUACUAAAAAUUUAAUAAAAGAAAUAAAAGCAAUCGCUAGUAUUCCAACAGAAAGAUACUUUUUCAAUGUGUCUGAUGAAGCAGCUCUACUAGAAAAGGCUGGGACAUUAGGAGAACAAAUUUUCAGCAUUGAAGGUACUGUUCAAGGAGGAGACAACUUUCAGAUGGAAAUGUCACAAGUGGGAUUCAGUGCAGAUUACUCUUCUCAAAAUGAUAUUCUGAUGCUGGGUGCAGUGGGAGCUUUUGGCUGGAGUGGGACCAUUGUCCAGAAGACAUCUCAUGGCCAUUUGAUCUUUCCUAAACAAGCCUUUGACCAAAUUCUGCAGGACAGAAAUCACAGUUCAUAUUUAGGUUACUCUGUGGCUGCAAUUUCUACUGGAGAAAGCACUCACUUUGUUGCUGGUGCUCCUCGGGCAAAUUAUACCGGCCAGAUAGUGCUAUAUAGUGUGAAUGAGAAUGGCAAUAUCACGGUUAUUCAGGCUCACCGAGGUGACCAGAUUGGCUCCUAUUUUGGUAGUGUGCUGUGUUCAGUUGAUGUGGAUAAAGACACCAUUACAGACGUGCUCUUGGUAGGUGCACCAAUGUACAUGAAUGACCUAAAGAAAGAGGAAGGAAGAGUCUACCUGUUUACUAUAAAAAAGGGCAUUUUGGGUCAGCACCAAUUUCUUGAAGGCCCCGAGGGCAUUGAAAACACUCGAUUUGGUUCAGCAAUUGCAGCUCUUUCAGACAUCAACAUGGAUGGCUUUAAUGAUGUGAUCGUUGGUUCACCACUAGAAAAUCAGAAUUCUGGAGCUGUAUACAUUUACAAUGGUCAUCAGGGCACUAUCCGCACAAAGUAUUCCCAGAAAAUCUUGGGAUCCGAUGGAGCCUUUAGGAGCCAUCUCCAGUACUUUGGGAGGUCCUUGGAUGGCUAUGGAGAUUUAAAUGGGGAUUCCAUCACCGAUGUGUCCAUUGGUGCCUUUGGACAAGUGGUUCAACUCUGGUCACAAAGUAUUGCUGAUGUAGCUAUAGAAGCUUCAUUCACACCAGAAAAAAUCACUUUGGUCAACAAGAAUGCUCAGAUAAUUCUCAAACUCUGCUUCAGUGCAAAGUUCAGACCUACUAAGCAAAACAAUCAAGUGGCCAUUGUAUAUAACAUCACACUUGAUGCAGAUGGAUUUUCAUCCAGAGUAACCUCCAGGGGGUUAUUUAAAGAAAACAAUGAAAGGUGCCUGCAGAAGAAUAUGGUAGUAAAUCAAGCACAGAGUUGCCCCGAGCACAUCAUUUAUAUACAGGAGCCCUCUGAUGUUGUCAACUCUUUGGAUUUGCGUGUGGACAUCAGUCUGGAAAACCCUGGCACUAGCCCUGCCCUUGAAGCCUAUUCUGAGACUGCCAAGGUCUUCAGUAUUCCUUUCCACAAAGACUGUGGUGAGGAUGGACUUUGCAUUUCUGAUCUAGUCCUAGAUGUCCGACAAAUACCAGCUGCUCAAGAACAACCCUUUAUUGUCAGCAACCAAAACAAAAGGUUAACAUUUUCAGUAACGCUGAAAAAUAAAAGGGAAAGUGCAUACAACACUGGAAUUGUUGUUGAUUUUUCAGAAAACUUGUUUUUUGCAUCAUUCUCCCUGCCGGUUGAUGGGACAGAAGUAACAUGCCAGGUGGCUGCAUCUCAGAAGUCUGUUGCCUGCGAUGUAGGCUACCCUGCUUUAAAGAGAGAACAACAGGUGACUUUUACUAUUAACUUUGACUUCAAUCUUCAAAACCUUCAGAAUCAGGCAUCUCUCAGUUUCCAAGCCUUAAGUGAAAGCCAAGAAGAAAACAAGGCUGAUAAUUUGGUCAACCUCAAAAUUCCUCUCCUGUAUGAUGCUGAAAUUCACUUAACAAGAUCUACCAACAUAAAUUUUUAUGAAAUCUCUUCGGAUGGGAAUGUUCCUUCAAUCGUGCACAGUUUUGAAGAUGUUGGUCCAAAAUUCAUCUUCUCCCUGAAGGUAACAACAGGAAGUGUUCCAGUAAGCAUGGCAACUGUAAUCAUCCACAUCCCUCAGUAUACCAAAGAAAAGAACCCACUGAUGUACCUAACUGGGGUGCAAACAGACAAGGCUGGUGACAUCAGUUGUAAUGCAGAUAUCAAUCCACUGAAAAUAGGACAAACAUCUUCUUCUGUAUCUUUCAAAAGUGAAAAUUUCAGGCACACCAAAGAAUUGAAUUGCAGAACUGCUUCCUGUGGUAAUGUUACCUGCUGGUUGAAAGACGUUCACAUGAAAGGAGAAUACUUUGUUAAUGUGACUACCAGAAUUUGGAACGGGACUUUCGCAUCAUCAACGUUCCAGACAGUACAGCUAACGGCAGCUGCAGAAAUCAACACCUAUAACCCUGAGAUAUAUGUGAUUGAAGAUAACACUGUUACGAUUCCCCUGAUGAUAAUGAAACCUGAUGAGAAAGCCGAAGUACCAACAGGAGUUAUAAUAGGAAGUAUAAUUGCUGGAAUCCUUUUGCUGUUAGCUCUGGUUGCAAUUUUAUGGAAGCUCGGCUUCUUCAAAAGAAAAUAUGAAAAGAUGACCAAAAAUCCAGAUGAGAUUGAUGAGACCACAGAACUCAGUAGCUGAACCAGCAGACCUACCUGCAGUGGGAACUGGCAGCAUCCCAGCCAGGGUUUGCUGUUUGCGUGAAUGGAUUUCUUUUUAAAUCCCAUAUUUUUUUAUCAUGUCGUAGGUAAACUAACCUGGUAUUUUAAGAGAAAACUGCAGGUCAGUUUGGAAUGAAGAAAUUGUGGCGGGUGGGGGAGGUGCGGGGGGCAGGUAGGGAAAUAAUAAGGAAAAUACCUAUUUUAUAUGAUGGGGAAAAAAGUAAUCUUUAAACUGGCUGGCCCAGAGUUUACAUUCUAAUGUGCAUUGUGUCAGAAACAUGAAAUGCUUCCAAGCAUGACAACUUUUAAAGAAAAAUAUGAUACUCUCAGAUUUUAAGGGGGAAAACUGUUCUCUUUAAAAUAUUUGUCUUUAAACAGCAACUACAGAAGUGGAAGUGCCUGAUAUGUAAGUACUUCCGCUUGUGUAUAUUUUAAUGAAUAUUGAUGUUAACAAGAGGGAAAACAAAACACAGGUUUUUUCAAUUUAUGCUGCUCAUCCAAAGUUGCCACAGAUGAUACUUCCAAGUGAUAAUUUUAUUUAUAAACUAGGUAAAAUUUGUUGUUGGUUCCUUUUAGACCACGGCUGCCCCUUCCACACCCCAUCUUGCUCUAAUGAUCAAAACAUGCUUGAAUAACUGAGCUUAAGAGUAUACCUCCUAUAUGUCCAUUUAAGUUAGGAGAGGGGGCGAUAUAGAGACUAAGGCACAAAAUUUUGUUUAAAACUCAGAAUAUAACAUUUAUGUAAAAUCCCAUCUGCUAGAAGCCCAUCCUGCGCCAGAGGAGGGAAAAGAAGGAGAUUUCCUUUCUCUUUUAGGAGGCACAACAGUUCUCUUCUAGGAUUUGUUUGGCUGACUGGCAGUAACCUAGUGAAUUUUUGAAAGAUGAGUAAUUUCUUUGGCAACCUUCCUCCUCCCAUACUGAACCACUCACCCACCUCCUGGUGGUACCAUUAUUAUGGAAGCCCUCUACAGCCUGACUUUCUCUCCAGCGGUCCAAAGUUAUCCCCUCCUUUACCCCUCAUCCAAAGUUCCCACUCCUUCAGGACAGCUGCUGUGCAUUAGAUAUUAGGGGGGGGAAGUCAUCUGUUUAAUUUACACACUUGCAUGAAUUACUGUAUAUAAACUCCUUAACUUCAGGUAGCUAUUUUCAUUUAGUGCUAAACAAGUAAGAAAAAUAAGCUCGAGUGAAUUUCUAAAUGUUGGAAUGUUACGGGAUGUAAACAAUGUAAAGUAAAACAUCUCAGGAUUUCACCAGAAGUUACAGAUGAGGCACUGGAAGCCACCAAAUUAGCAGGUGCACCUUCUGUGGCUGUCUUGUUUCUGAAGUACUUAAACUUCCACAAGAGUGAAUUUGACCUAGGCAAGUUUGUUCAAAAGGUAGAUCCUGAGAUGAUUUGGUCAGAUUGGGAUAAGGCCCAGCAAUCUGCAUUUUAACAAGCACCCCAGUCACUAGGAUGCAGAUGGACCACACUUUGAGAAACACCACCCAUUUCUACUUUUUGCACCUUAUUUUCUCUGUUCCUGAGCCCCCACAUUCUCUAGGAGAAACUUAGAGGAAAAGGGCACAGACACUACAUAUCUAAAGCUUUGGACAAGUCCUUGACCUCUAUAAACUUCAGAGUCCUCAUUAUAAAAUGGGAAGACUGAGCUGGAGUUCAGCAGUGAUGCUUUUAGUUUUAAAAGUCUAUGAUCUGGACUUCCUAUAAUACAAAUACACAAUCCUCCAAGAAUUUGACUUGGAAAAAAAUGUCAGAGGAAAACAGGUUAUCUGCCCAUGUGCAUAUGGACAACCUUGACUGACUACCCUGGCCCGGCCCGUGGUGGCAGUCCAGGGCUAUCUGUACUGUUUACAGAAUUACUUUGUAGUUGACAACACAAAACAAAAAAGGCAUAAAAUGCCAGCGGUUUAUAGAAAAAACAGCAUGGUAUUCUCCAGUUAGGUAUGCCAGAGUCCAAUUCUUUUAACAGCUGUGAGAAUUUGCUGUUUCAUUCCAACAAAAUUUUAUUUAAAAAAAAAAGACUGGAGAAACUAGUCAUUAGCUUGAUAAAGAAUAUUUAACAGCUAGUGAUGCUGGUGUGUACCUGAAGCUCCAGCUACUUGAGAGACUGAGACAGGAAGAUCGCUUGAGCCCAGGAGUUCAAGUCCAGCCUAAGCAACAUAGCAAGACCCUGUUUCAAAAAAAUGACUAUUUAAAAAGACAGUGUGGCCAGGCACGGUGGCUCACACCUGUAAUCCCAACACUUUGGGAGGCUGAGGCCGGUGGAUCAUGAGGUCAGGAGUUUGAGACUAGCCUGGCCAACAUGAUGAAACCCCAUCUCUAAUAAUACAAAAAUUAGCUGGGUGUAGUAGCAGGUGCCUGUAAUCCCAGUUACUCGGGAAGCUGAGGCAGGAGAAUCACUUGAACCCGGGAGGCGGAGGUUUCAGUGAGCCGAGAUCGCGCCACUGCACUCCAGCCUGGGUGACAGGGCAAGACUCUGUCUCAAAAAAAAAAAAACAAAAAACAAAAAAAAAGUUAGUACUGUAUAUGUAAAUACUAGCUUUUCAAUGUGCUAUACAAAGAAUUAUAGCACAUCCUUCCUUUUACUCUGUUUCACCUCCUUUAGGUGAGUACUUCCUUAAAUAAGUGCUAAACAUACAUAUACGGAACUUGAAAGCUUCGGUUAGCCUUGCCUUAGGUAAUCAGCCUAGUUUACACUGUUUCCAGGGAGUAGUUGAAUUACUAUAAACCAUUAGCCACUUGUCUCUGCACCAUUUAUCACACCAGGACAGGGUCUCUCAACCUGGGCGCUACUGUCAUUUGGGGCCAGGUGAUUCUUCCUUGCAGGGGCUGUCCUGUACCUUGUAGGACAGCAGCCCUGUCCUAGAAGGUAUGUUUAGUGUAUGUUUAGCAGCAUUCCUGGCCUCUAGCUACCCGAUGCCAGAGCAUGCUCCCCCUGCAGUCAUGACAAUCAAAAAGUGUCUCCAGACAUUGUCAAAUGCCUCCUGGGGGGCAGUAUUUCUCAAGCACUUUUAAGCAAAGGUGAGUAUUCAUACAAGAAAUUUAGGGGGAAAAAACAUUGUUUAAAUAAAAGCUAUGUGUUCCUAUUCAACAAUAUUUUUGCUUUAAAAGUAAGUAGAGGGCAUAAAAGAUGUCAUAUUCAAAUUUCCAUUUCAUAAAUGGUGUACAGACAAGGUCUAUAGAAUGUGGUAAAAACUUGACUGCCACACAAGGCUUAUAAAAUAGUAAGAUAGUAAAAUAGCUUAUGAAGAAACUACAGAGAUUUAAAAUUGUGCAUGACUCAUUUCAGCAGCAAAAUAAGAACUCCUAACUGAACAGAAAUUUUUCUACCUAGCAAUGUUAUUUUUGUAAAAUAGUUACCUAUUAAAACUGUGAAGAGUAAAGAAAACUAAAGCCAAUUUAUUAUAGUCACACAAGUGAUUAUACUAAAAAUUAUUAUAAAGGUUAUAAUUUUAUAAUGUAUUUACCUGUCCUGAUAUAUAGCUAUAACCCAAUAUAUGAAAAUCUCAAAAAUUAAGACAUCAUCAUACAGAAGGCAGGAUUCCUUAAACUGAGAUUCCUGAUCCAUCUUUAAUAUUUCAAUUUGCACACAUAAAACAAUUAUAUAAACAACUUUGUAGGACUAUGCCCUUUCAGGCAUACCCAUUUUAAUCAAUUUGAAAGGUUAAUUUAAACCUCUAGAGGUGAAUGAGAAACAUGGGGGAAAAGUAUGAAAUAGGUGAAAAUAUUAUUUCUUUGAACUCUAAAGACUGAAACUGUAGCCAUUAUGUAAAUAAAGUUUCAUAUGUACCUGUUUAUUUUGGCAGAUUAAGUCAAAAUAUGAAUGUAUAUAUUGCAUAACUAUGUUAGAAUUGUAUAUAUUUUAAAGAAAUUGUCUUGGAUAUUUUCCUUUAUACAUAAUAAGUCUUUUUUCAAAUGUGGUGUUUGAUGUUUUUGAUUAAAUGUGUUUUGCCUCUUUCCACAAAAACUGUAAAAAUAAAUGCAUGUUUGUACAAAAAGCUGCAGAAUUCAUUUGAUUUAUGAGAAACAAAAAUUAAAUUGUAGUCAACAUAAACUAGUUAAUAGUUUUUCUCAUAUCCAAGUAUAACAAACAGAAAAGUUUCAUUAAUUGUAAGCCACUUUUUUCAUACCACAUUAUUGAAUAUUGUUACAAUCGUUUUGAAAAUAAAGCCAUUUUCUUUGGGCUUUUAUAAGUUAUAUAUUUUACUAUUUUUAUCUUAUACAUUCACUUUGCUCACAUCCAAGACUCAAUUUAAGAAGACUGAGGCUAUAAUUAAUUUGCCAUAAGUGUCCAGUCUAUGUUUCUAGCAGUGACCACAAGGAUCUUUUGUGAGACUCUUAAACUGCCUUCAAAGUUUUGAGACAGUGUAAAGCAUUGCUCCUCAAAGUGUGGCCCAGGGACAGAGGGUGCUGCAUCACCUGGAGCCUGUUAAAAACACAGAUCUCAGGGGCCACUCAAAACUAUUCAAGUCAAAUUGUAAGUUCUACAGCAUCCCCAGGUGAUUCAUAUUGCAUUGAAGUUCAGAAGCACUGCUCUAAAGCUUACCUUUUGAAAUAAAAUGUGUGCUUGGAAUAGAGAGGGAAAAAAAAAUCAGCCAAACUGCUGCAACAUGCAAAAGCAGAGUCAUCUGCAUAGUUUAAAAAAAAUCAUAAUAAGCAGGAAGGUUUAAAUAUUUUUAGAGAGUAAAUAUGCUGAAAUAAUAAAUAUGCUGUAAGUUAUAAAGUAAGUACACGUUGGGCUCACAGACUGCCAUCGCUGUACAGAUGGCAGAGUAAUGCAAAGACAGGGUGGAAAGUGUGUGUGUGCUGCCAUAAAUAGCGAUGCACCAGCAUCUCCAUUCAUGUCUGCGGCGCUCUCUCACAUGCCUCCCUGCCCAUCGCAGUUGUGCUGAGCCAUCUCAGGAGGGCAGCUCACUGCAGCACAACCAUCAAUAAGUGUGUCUGCUAUAUAUCUCACAUUAAAAUACAAUCUUGGAGACCUGAAUGUGGGAAUUGCAGCUACUUGGGAGGCUGAGGCAGGGAGGAUCCUUUGAACCCAGGAGUUCAAGGCCAGCAACAUGAGACCCCCCCCGCCCAGCUCUUAAAAUGUUAGAGAAAGAGAGCACUAAGUUUUAUUUCUUUGUUUUUCACAGAGCAGGUUAGGAAAUGCUGUUAAAGACCUGUAUUAAAGCAAUCAUUUAUGUCCCAUAGAGUUAACUGGAAAAUAAUUUUAUACUUACUUUUUAAAAAGUACUUUUUUAUUUAUUCUACAUCACUUGUUAAAAACUACAAAUUGCAUUUUCAAAAACUCCUUCCUGAUCCUAUCAUAAUCUUUUAAUAUUUUUAAGGUGUCAAUUAAAGAUUGGACAUCAUCUUACACAAAAUCAGGGCCUAAUUUUCAUUUCGGAACCACUACAGCCUGACUAAAGAAAAUGGCUACUAAACUGAACUUUUGGUUCUAUGCAAAAUUACAUCUAAGACUCAAGUUGCUAAGAGCAACUUUACUAUAACUUUUACUACGGCUCUGGCUCUACUGCCCUCUGCUGGAUGAUCCACCUAACUACAUCACACAAAUCAUUCUUAAGAGAGAUCUUUACUGUACCAGGUGCUCAGUAACUGUGUAAGAUGUCUAAAUCACUUAUUUCUCAAAAAAGGCUGAAAAUAUAUUGUGACUCUAUACAUCAUAUCCAAAGGACAAAAAUGUCCACAAAAUAAGUCACUCAUUGAAUAUCUGCUGUUACUUUCAUUCAAAGAUGAUAAAAAUCAAUUUCAUUUUACCACCUGUUCAAAAAUAUUUGAAACAUAAAUAAUUUGAAUUUCCUAUUUCUUAAGUGAACUUACCUAGCAAUCAUGCAAAGUCACGGCUUUAAAGUGACCAUGAAACACUGCAGGCAAUCUGAUUAAAGGCUAAUUUUUUUUUUAAGAUUACUCUUCUAGUUACUUGAAGCUAAGUUACAGAGAUGAUAGAAAAGCUACAUAUCAGAGUGACAGUAGCCCCUUAAUAUCUGAACCACCAAUUAACUCUGCCACUCCUAAGUAAGCAAGGGUCAGUAAAGAUCCUAUCUAAGUCAAGUGCAAUGCACUAAAAUCUUUCAAGGCCAUUCCAUCCCAGUUCUGGCAUGCCCCAGGUUAACUCCUUAACCUCUCUAUUGGAGACUUUAAAAGCAUAACAGUCUCAGUUCCAAACUUAGAAUAAAGCCUACUUAAUGAAGGCAUGAUUCUUUUAAAACAUAAUGUUCUAUGUUAUUUAAAAACAUCAUUACCCUCAAUAAGGAACUUCUAAAGAAAUAUCUAAGUUGGAAAGUCUUGAAAUCCACAUAUACCUAUCAACAUUGCAUAUGACAUAACAUCCAUUUAACAACCUAUGUCCAGAAUCCUAGAAAUGUCUAGUGACCCAGUAACCCCAUGAUAAUGUGCUUUCAGAUAUAAUGCAACAGCCAACACCCACCCCUUCUCUCCAAUGGGGACAGGCUGAAGCUCGAUGGCAAGCCAGAGUGACACUGAACUGUGAAGGUAAGACUGAGACCAAACAGGCAACCCGAACCCGGCAGAGGAAGUAGGCGGAGGGUUUGUCUGCCCUUCCAGUAUCCUUCUGGCCCAAUCUCUCCAGACAGACUAAUGAACAAGCAUCAACUGAUGUAACCAGGUGAUUCCUAAAGUCAGUGUGGCUGUCCUGUGGGUCCCAGCCACAGAUAAGAUGCGGAGUGUUCCUCAAGGUAUUUUAGGUUGGCAGAAAAAGAUCAAUGGGUGGGUGCCUGGCACAAAACAGGCAUUCAAUAAAUAUUUGUUGAAUAAAUGGGUUCCUUAGGUAAAAGAUGUUUUCACUACAUAUAACAAAUAGGAUUACUAGGUUUCUUAUUUGUCCCAGACAUAAGAAAAAAAUCCUUCAAUCUAAGUGUCUGAAAGUAUAACUUUUGUUCUUAAUAUGCAUAAUGCAAAUUUUGUGAUGAUGCCAACUGCCCAAAUUUUGCCGGUAUUUUAUUAUUUUAUGAGCUAUGUGUUUACUUGAAAUUUGCUGAGAGUAGACCUUAAAUAUUCUCACCACACAAAAAAGGGGACUAUGUGAGCUGAGGAAUAUGUUAAUUAGUUGGAUUAUGGUAAUCACCUCACAAUGUAUAUGUGUAUCAAAAAUCACAUUGUAUACUUUAAAUAUAUACAAUUUUUGUCAAGUAUACCUAAAUAAAGCUGGAAAAAAAAAUUUAAGAACUAUAUGGGACUUAUAUGUACAAGUCUAUCAAAAUACUAUAAAGCUUAACCAGUUAAAAAUUGGGGCAUUGUUUACCUAAACAUUUCAACACAAACCACCCUGUUGCUAGUUAGCUUUAUGACAAUUUUGUGCUGAUUUGUAUAUUGAUACAAAAUUAACAACUAAUAAAAAACAACAAAAAGUUUUCUGGUAAGAUUAUAGAUUCUGAAAUCCCAGAAAUCUCCAUAAUGAGAACUAUUUUAGGCAAUUAAAAAAAAAAGAAAAUACUCUUUUUAAACUUUUGAAAUCAUGGGUUUUAGUUUAUUAUUUUUAAUAUAUUUCUGAAAAUACAUAAUAUCAAGACUGUCUGAUAAUGCUUUUUUAAUACUUUCCAGUUCUGCCAACAUUCCUGUCAUGCAUCCUUAAUAACAAUGCUCUCCCAGAACCGGGAUGGGGGGCGGUGAGGUGGGGUUGGUGGGGGAGUAUGUUUCUGAGCUAGUUAAAGUCACUGAGGAGGGCCCAUACCUCAAUGUGUGUUGAGUUACAAUUAGAAAUUAGUCAUGGAAGGACACGUCUACCACAGAUAUCUUUCCUCACAUUUAAAUUAUUCCAUUUCUUCCUACAGUCCUCCUCCUAUCUUUAGUUCCAUUUUAAAUAACGCUUCAUCCUACAUACCCAUUUAUCUUGCUUCCUUUUUCUCCCUUUUGUCCCACUAGUAUAAGAGAUUGUGCUUCAGUAAACUAUCCUGAUGUGGAGAGAAAAAAAUCAAAAUGUGAUCAAUAAUAAUAGUUUAACGAAGUUAAGAUUGCACGCUCUAAAAACAUAAGUGAUUAACUGUUGGAUGCCCAAAAGCACUCUUUGUUUCCUUUCCAAGUUGAUGACUCUUCGUAUAUUUCCUAAAAAACAAAAUCAUAACAGGUAUUAAAAAUAGACCAUUCUACUAUAUGAAUGUAAAAUAUAUUUGAAUAAAUCAGACAAAUGAAUAUCACAUCUAUUUCGAUGGCUCCUCUUUUAACAAUCAUGACGAGAGACAUCAUGGGCAAGGUUACAUAGGGGAAGAUAGAAAGUCUUUAGUUUUAAACACUUUUUUUUCUUUCCAAACAUACCUACUACUUCAACAUUUCUAAAUAUGCUUUUCCAAAGGCAAAUAUCUUCAUUAACUGUUGAAUUAAGUGAUCACCUCUCAGAAGUUCCUAAACAAGUUUGAGCUGCCCUCUGGUAUGAGCUGUUCUUUGACAUAUGCACUCUACCUACCUGCCACCCUUCCCUAUAUCACAGAUGAUCUCAAAGCACAGGCCGAGACUAGAACCAGACUAGAAGUUACAUAGUUUGUGGAAAGGAGGGGUAAGGAGAACAUAUCACUUUCUCUUCUCACUCUCUAGUCACAUUCCAUUUCUGUAGGGAGAGGAAUUCAAAUUCAACUGUCCUCUGAACUCCUGCACUUCCUCGGACUCUCUAUGGACAAACAAAAGCAAAAUACGAAGCCCAGCUAGUCCUCAAAGCAUGAAAACAAGAAUAUGCCCCAACUCCUGCUCAUUACCUGUAUUUCUGGGGUUGCUCUCAUCUACUUUCUGUCCACUGACUGUGCACCCUUUCCUCCCUGGUGAAGAAAGCUACCCCUGCCUCCCAGGCUUGCAGCUGAUCUUAGAAUGCUCUUCCUACCUCUCCCUCUCUGGGGGCCUGCCUCCUGUUCUAUCAAAAUUGUGUCAGCCUUGUUUAUAGCAAGGGAACAAUAUAUCUGAGCUUCACUAAGUUUCCUUUCACAUAUUCUAUCCUCUAAUCCCUACGUAUUCUCUUAUAACAAUGGGCUUCAAUUUUAUUCUGAAAACAUCGUCAUCAAAUUUCCCAGGCCCUGGUUAUGAGUCCAACUUGCUUAUUUCUACCACUGACUGAGGCAGGUCCCCUGGGAAGGAGGGGAGAAGUGCCCUUUAAAAGCCUUGGCUCUCUGCUCUGGUCUUUUGAUCUACUGAGCUGUUCAUUAACUCCUCAGCUUUCUGUCAACCACAAUGCUGUAGGCAAUUCUAGACAAUUCUAGACAUUGAAUGUGCAACCACAGAACAAUCCCACUGUUAAUGUUACUACACCAGGGGAGAAACUAGGGAGUUGGGCCUUUUCAUCCCAUCAGAAUGCUCUAUUUAACCAGAGAAUUACUUGCCCUUAUUGACAGAAAACAUGCCAGAAGUUCCUAUUUCUGUUUUUAAAUCCACUCACUGCAUUUUCUCAGAGGGAGCAAUAUCUGACCUUUUUUUUUUCUUCCCUAAAAAGGACCUCUAGGGAAAAAAAGCCUCUUUCACUUUAAAGAAUUUCUAUUUUAGCCAUUACCUAAAUAGCUAAUGCAUUAUUCUCACUCUCCAACAGAAAGACCCUCUAAUUCAAGGGAAUUAUAAUCCAAGGAAAAUAACUUCAUGUAUGAACCCCUCCAACAGUCCAGACUAGGAGUUCUCACUGUUAUCACUCAUUGAGGCUUACUGUGUGCCAUGCAUUCUUUGGGGCACAUAUUUUUCAUGCUUAACAAAUCUUGGAAAGAAGAUAUUUCACAGAUAAAACAAGAUACUACAGUGAGUAAAAAGUCCAUAAAUAUGAGGGGAUUUAUCUAAAAAUUCCUGAGAAAAAUCAGGUCCACAUGCUAAAAUGUGUUAUUUUCUUAACUUACCUUUUUCCAUAUGGGCACCUUGGCUUUUAAAGUAUCAAUGGCAUAGCUCACAGCUUCAAGAGAUGCAGCUCUGUGGGCUGAGGACACAGCAAUGAUUAUGCUUGCUUCUGACACUGGAACCAAGCUUUAACAAGAUGAAGAGAAAAAAAAAUCACCAUCAUCUCUGAAUCUACGUGUUAAAGAAUCUGCUAGACAGAUGAAAAAAAAUCCAGGUAUGCAGUCUUAGAAUUAUACUGUAGUUCUAUUUUACGUAAACAUACAGUUAGAAAAGAGUAAUUAAUUGCAGUAGCAUUCAGCAGAGGCAGUAGAUGAGGCUGAUGCUACAGCUAAUUUGUCAGAAUCUAUCCACUAAACCCUCCUGAUGGGCACCAAGGAAAAUCCUUUCAUUGAUACAGCAAACAACUGACUCAACAAGGCACAGUGCCAAGUAAUGCCUAGAAAUACAAAGUUAGGUCCUAACGAGUAUAAUACAAAAUUUAAAAUAAUACAUAUCAAGUAAUAGGAGUAAUAUUAACCAUUAAUAAAACUACUGGUUAUUAAUAACAAACUAGUAACUAACAGAGUAUGAUAGAUACAGUCUCAAUUACUGGCUUCUUUUUAAAGCCAAGAACUCUUCUCUUUUUAGGGGUACAAAAAGGCAAACCACUCUAAUGACUUUCAGAGGCAUUUAUAUCAAAAAGAAUCUGUCACAGAUUGUCAUAGGGCCUGCAAGUCUUGGCACAAGUGCAGUUUGUUAUAGCAACAGAGGCAACAAGAGCUCUCCCAAUAUCAAAACCCACUAGGCAGUCCCUAAAGGUACUAACAGCCAUCCCUAUUGUCCUCCAAAAAUAAUACAUGAAUAUUCCUCUCAUGGUAAUAUAGAAUUCCUAAGAAAGAUUCAAGAAUCAGUUAGUACAAAGAUGGAAAACAAUUAUACUUAACUUUUAGAGUGAUAAAGGAAAUCAUACCCAAGUCUAUGGAACACUGCUAUGUGUUUGACUGGCCAUUUCUGCCUAAUGUCACUACAAAUCUUUCUGACUUCAUUUUCCGCCAUGGGUAGAUAUGCUUCAUAUUCUAAGCUAAUGACUUUUUUCCCUUCAAAGUUAUUUCUUGUAGUCCCUUUAAAAAUGAAAAAAAAGAAAGAAAAAGAAAACAAUUAAAAUAAGGUUUUUCCCUACAAAAGAAAUAGCACGUUAAUAAAAAAGGAAUAUUUUUAAUAGUAAAUUAAGAGUAAACAAGCAGCAUACCAAUUCUUCUAAAACUACUUUGAAAUCUUCUAAAAACAAAAUUUGAUUAGGAAAAUAAAACAGAUCUUCACAAAGAUGAGCACGAUUAAGCAAGCUUAUUAAAAACACUCACCUGGCAAACCGGGCAAUAUUCCUCUUCUGACUAAUAGAUACUUAAAAGGAAAAUAUUUAUGUUCCCAGGACUAUCAAGUACAUUUUUACCUUCAAUUUUGGAAAAUCUAGAAUUCUCUCUCCUAACAAUGACUUUUAUCCUACUUUUCAAAAUCCCUUGUAAUUUAAUAUAGGUUAAUUUGAAGGUUACUAAAACAAAACAAGAACUAAAAAAAAGUCUACCCACCAUCAUCAGUAAUCUUCGUUUAAAGUUCAGUAUUUCAAACUCCUCCGUUAACACUGAACAUGGAAAGCACAUGCUAAUUUCUAUUGUCUUAUACAGUGAUAGAUGCAAUGAAAAUUACAACUCACCUACAAAUAGGGAUAUUGCACCACAGAGCGGAGAAAUCACCAACUGUGAGACUUCAUCUACUGAAAGUUUCUCAGCAGUAAAGUUUAUAACAUCUUUAGAUUUCUCUUCAACUUCAUCCAUAUCUUUCCUAGAAAUAAUACAUUAACAAACCUUAACAGAAGUCCUAGGGGUAAAACACUCAACAACUUAUAGGCUCUUUCAAUUUAUAUUUUUUUCUACAUUAUGUCGAUGUAAAAGGAAGAGGCUGUGGCACAAAAUAUAAAGAGUUUACAUGAGUCAAAUCAAGGACAGUGGCCCAGGAUACUUCCAAGAUACCUUGGGGAGUUCCUUUGGGGAGCACUCCCUCGGCCUUUGUUGCAAGCAGGUUUGUAAAGGCAAAGGGAACAAAAAGUGGGCUGAUACAAUGAUACAAAGUUUCACCAAGAAUUCUCACUGGCAUACAGAGAUAAUGUUGAUCACUGAUUGGCUGUACACUGUUUAACUAUAGGGUGGGUACAAGUUAGAGUGUCCAGCAUAUGGACUUUAUGGUUUCUUAGCUUCAGCUAGUCUGCAGCCCUCAUAAUAAGUGGCUUCAAGGGACCAGUGGCUCACACCUGUAAUCCCACCACUUUGGGAGGCCGAGGCGGGUGGAUCAUUUGGGGUCAGGAGUUUGAGACCAGCCUGGCCAACAUGGUGAAACCCCGUCUCUACUAAAAAUACAAAAAUUAGCCGGGCGGUAGUGGCACACAUCUAUAAUCCCAACUACUUGGGAGGCUGAGGCAGGAGAAUUGCUUGAGCUUGGGAGGUGGAGGUUGCAGUGAGCUGAGAUUGAUCGUGCCACUGCACUCCAGUCUGGGCGACAAAGUGAUACCCCAUCUCAAAAAAAAAAAAAAGAAAAAAAAAGGUAAUGAUGCAGCUUAAGGGGGAGUGACAUGACUGCCAUUUCAUUCCAGUGCCUUUCUGUGCCUCUUAAUGUUUUAUCUGACGGGCUCACAUUCCUCAGAUAAAAAGUUUCUUUUCUUUUUUUCCCCACCAUUAAAUGUGUUAGGAGGCAUGAUUUGAUCUGAAUGAUAAAAAUAAGCAAGUGUAAAAAUUAACAAAACUCAAUUAUGUGUAUUAAUAUUCAUAAUGAAUCAGGCAUGACAUAAAAAGUAAUCCAUUAUUAACAUGAUCACUAAAAUAUAAUCUAUCUCAAUGCCAAUAUAUUCCAAAUUCUGUAACUGCUAUGCAUAUCUCCCAUCAAGAUACAGUGGAGGUAUUGCCACUUUCACCUACAUGCCCAUCCCCUCUCACCACUAUGGUACCAAGCACCACACCUAAAGCUGUCUUUUUCUUUAUCCAACAAAAAAGGAAGAACAGAAGUGACAGUGAUUCUACUGGAACUGGGUUCCCUUCACAAACUGGCAAAACCCCAGGUAAGUAACUGAGGAAAUAAGGGAAUGAACUGCACACUUACUUACUAGGUAUUGUGCAAAGCCCUUUGCCAUGCAUUUCUCAUUUAAUUCCUCAAACAUUACUACAUACUCACUAAGGGCCAGAGACUAGGGCCAGGCACUAGAUAUCAAUCAGGGGAGAAAGAAGCUCAAGCUCCUUUCCUCAGGGUGCUUACAUUCAAAUAGGAGAAACAAAGCAUUACAGGAGAAACUCAGAAUUACAAAUAGGGAUAACUUAUGGAAGUAAACAGGCUUCAGAGACAGAACCUGGGGUCUGGGGGAGAUUUCUCUCAAGAGGCUCUAUGAAAAGUUGCGACCUGAAAGAUAAGGAGGAAGUCUUGUAAAGAAACCAGGGCACAGGCCCCCAGGCAGAGAGAGGGAGUGGCCAAUGACAAGGCACUGGGACAAGAAAGGGUGUGAUGUGCUCCAGAACCUAGAACGAACGGAGAGAACUGGGCAGGCUGAGGCUGGACAGGUAGGUAGAAUCUUGCAGGCAAUGAGGAAUAUAAUUAUUAAUCCUGUAAGGUUUCAUCUGAAUUGAAAGACGAGAGAAAGAAGGCUCAGAGAAGUUAAGGAACUCACUCAAGGUGCUGAAAUUCCAACCAAGGAGUACUAGUUAAGCCAAUGUUCUUUUUCCUAUCUCCUUUCCACCACGGAAACAGCACAAUUCUUUAUACACCACUGGAUUCCAGGAUUUUUCAUCUGCUACACAAGCCGCCUAAGUGUCUUCCACCUCUUUUUCUUGCAAUAAAAUAUAGGUAAUAUAAAUAUGGUCUAUGAGUUUCAAACCAUACUGAGUUCCCACAACUUCUGAUUUUACAAGACUACUAAAACCUAGCUGGCAGGUUUUAAAAAUGCAUAAUACCAGUCCUGCGAAACACAUUCAAGUAACACACAAUGCUUUUGAGUAAUCUUCGUAACCUUUUCAAAGAACAGCUGUAAUUACCACAAAUAUCCCUUUAAUGGCAGCCUAUAGUUUUCUGAAUAAAUUCGAAAUUCCAAAAAACUGCAUUUUUAGAACCUCCUGAAAUCAUGUUGGUGAUAUGGUGACCACAGUUUCUAAAUAGCAUUGAGAUACAUAUCUGACAAGAGAUUCUUCUAUUAUUUCCAGAUAGUAGGCCUGAGAAAGAAGCCUAGUGUUGACAUGAGAGGCAAUCUGUUUUACAGAUUGAUUCUUCAUUUCUUGUGGCAUUGCCCUCCAGGAGGGUGGGGAAAAAAUGGGUGAAAAAAGAUAAAAAGGCAUCCUUGGCUUGUUCCUUUCUUUAACGGAACCAAGUUUUUGCCAUUAAGUAUGAUAUUUACUCCUGAUUUUGAAUAAAAAUCCUAUCAAAUUAAGAAAGUCUUCUUUCAUUCCUAACUUACCAAGAGUUUUUAUUCAGGGAUGACUGUCAAUUUCUACUGUUUGUUCCUCAGCUGACAAUAAAUUAAGCCUCAUUCUGUCUGUACUUAUAAGCAGCCUGAUCUCUCCACACUAUACUGAACAAUGUUCUUGUAUAUUAUCCUACUUGAAUAUGGACUAAGUUGUUUAGAAAGAUGACAAGGUAGCAUGGGUCAAAGAGCCACCUGCAACACAGCCAUAACAAUAAAGCUAUUCCUUUAGUUCUGGGCAAUGAUUAGCUCUCUUUUCAGGCAUUAUUAGCUGUGAAAUUUUUCUACAUUUUCCAUGGCCAGGAGAGCUAUUAUCUAGUAUUAGCAAGUGUGGUUGGAAAAAAGUACACAGACAGUCCAAUAAUAUGAGUUCAAAUGUUGUCUUUUGAAAACCUCUUGAAUCCUCAGCAAAAAGAACAAAGCUGGAGGCAUUACGCUACCCAACUUCAAACUAUACCACAGGGCUACAGUAACCAAAACAGCAUGGGACUGGUACAAAACAGGACACAUAGACAAAUGAAAUAGAACCCAGAACCCAGAAAUAAAGCUUCACACCUACAACUAUCUGAUCUUCAACAAACCUACAAAAACAAGCAAUGGGGAAAGGAUACCCUAUUCAAUACAUGGUGCUGGGAUAACUGGCUAGCCAUGUGCAGAAGACUGAAACUGGGCCCUUUCCUUAUACCAUAUAUGAAUAUUAACUCAAAAUGGAUUAAAGACUUAAAUGUAAAACCAAAAACUAGAAAAACCCUGGAAGACAAUCUAGGCAACACCAUUCUGGACAUAAGAACAAGCAAAGAUUUAAUGACAAAGAAGACUCAAAAAGCAAUUGCAGCAAAAGCAAAAAUUGACAAAUGGGAUCUAAUUAAACUAAAGAGUUUUUGCAUAGCAAAGGAAACUAUCAACAGAGUGAAUAGACAACCUACAGAAUGGGAGAAAAAUUUUGCAAACUAUGCAUCUCACAAAUGUCUAACAACAGCAUCUCUAAGGAAUUUUUUAAAAUUUAUGAGAAAAAACAACCCCAAUAAAAGUAGGCAAAGGACAUGAACAGGAACUUUUCAAAAGAAGACAUACAUGUGGCCAACAAUCAUAUGAAAAGAAAGCUCAACAUCACUGAUCAUUAGAGAAAUGCAAAUCAAAACCACAAUGAGAUACCAUCUCACACCAGUCAGAAGAGCUAUUAUUAAAAUAACAGAUGCUGGCGAGGACGUGAAGAAAAAGUAAUGCUUAUACACUGCUGCAGGGAGUGUAAAUUAGUUCAAUCAUUGUGGAAGACAGGGUGGCCUAGAGACUGAAAUGCCAUUCAACCCAGCAAUCCCAUUACUGAAUAUAUACCCAGAGAAAUAUAAUCGUUCUGUCAUAAAGACACAUGCACACGUCUGUUCACUGCAGCACUAUUCACAAUAGCAAAGACAUGGAAUCAACCUAAAUGCCCACCAGUGGUAGACUGGAUAAAGAAAAUGUGGUACAUAUACACCAUGGAAUACUAUGCAGCCAUAAGAAAGAACGAGAUCAAGUCCUUUGCAGGGACAUGGAUGGAGCUGGAGGCCAUUAUCCUUAGCCAACUAAUGCGGGAACAGAAAACCAAAUACCAAAUGUUCUCACUUACAAGUGGGAGAUAAAUAUUGAGUACACAUGGACACAAAGAAGGAAACCAUAGACACUGGAGCCUACUUGAGGGUGGAGGGUGGGAGGAGGGAGAGGAUCGAAAAAAUAACUGAUGGGCACUAGACUUAAUACCUGGGUGACAAAAUUAUCUGUACAAGAAACCGCCAUGAUACAAGUUCCCCUGAACUUAAAAGUUAAAUAAAUUCUUUUUAAUUUGGCUCUUUCACUUAUUAGCUAUGUGAUUAGCUAUGUGAUCAAAGCCAAGUUUUUUAAGUCCUCUGAAUUUGUUUUUUUACCUGCAAAAUAUGGAUAUUAAUAUGUCACUGUGCCGGACACAUAAGAUCUCAAUAAACCAUGUUAAAUGAAACAUAUCAAACUGAUAUGUUUAUUGUAAUUAAACUGCUUACAAUAGACUUGAUGCAGAAAUGGUGCUAGAUAUUCAUAAAUCUGUUGGCACCAAUGAAGAGUUGCUGCAUCAAUAAAGAUUUGGUACAGACAGACUUACAAAGAAUAUACAUUAACAGCAAACCACAUACACUUUAUCAUCUGUAUGAUCCUUCCCCACACGACUGAUUAAGAAAAACAAAUCUCACAUACCUAGAUGGCUCAAAAGCACUAUCCUCCACUAAUGGGGGGGAUAACGGCAAUUUCGUCUCCAGGUUGAAGCACGAGGAGCUGAUCUCCAAGCUCGACAUAUUCUUGACGAACAGCAAAUAUUAUCUGAUUUCUAACAUCAGCCAAUCUAAAGGGGAAAAAAUAUGACUCAAAGUAUCAACGCUAAGAUAGACCUCAAAUCGCUUCAGCUGCAAUUAGAGAUAUUACAUAGAUAUAUAAAGCAUCACCUGCAAAAUUACCAAUUAAAUUUACACACAGUAUAUGCAGAAAGGACAUAUCCACUGAAGAACAUACUUAUACACCACAAAGAUACGUUAAACUGCUGUCAACUCUUUAUUGGAUGUUGUAUGCCUUGGGGAAUUAAACAACAAAAAAAUGCACAAAAAACCCACCAGACUGGAGGCAACACUCAAACCAGGUCAAAAGAAAAGUUUCCAAUCAGUACAUGGCCUUUCCAGGGUCCUUCUAUCCAUGUGUUCAAGCACAAGUAUAGCUGCCCACAAACUAUGCCUGUACACAUUAUCCUGCUCGAAUAUGGAUUAAGUUGCUUAGAAAGAUGAAAAGAUAGCAUAGGUCAUAAAGCCACCUGCAACACAGCUUUAUUAGCUGUUCCUUUAUACCUGAACAAUGGUAAGCUUUCUUUUCAGGCACAGUGAAAACGUAUACAAGACCAGCUGUCUCCCUCCAGGUAAAGCAGAAUGGGAGACCCCACUGUGUUUUAUUGAUUAUCAGGCCACUGUAAGAGCAACUUAAAAGAUAUGAAAUCAUGAAGUGGUUUGCUUUUAAACACUUAUUGUGGAGUAUCUUUUACACAGAACUAGGACUUCCAGGUUAAACACCUAUACAAGCUUAAGUGACACCAUUAAUAUUCCUGAAUCACCCUCAAAUAAGUCACUUUUAUAUUUUGUUCCAAAAAGAACUUGAAGUGGGAAUGACAUAAGUAAAAUUAUACGUUUUUCAAGAACCAGAAAAAAAAUUAAAUAUUACAAAAACUCAAAUUCAGCAGCAUCUAGGAUUUGUUGUAACUCAUUUUUCUUACAAUCUUAGAAAUUUCUAUGUUGAGCUCUCUAAAGAGAGGGGCAGAACAAAAUGUUUAAAGCACACAUUUUUAACAGAAUUUGUAACAAUUUCAUUUAAUGUUAUAAAAUUGCAGAAGUGACACGUGCAGUGUUUUGUAAAUUAUCAAAGAGAAUAUAAUCAUGUCCCUCUGCGGUUCACUGUGUUUUGGGGUAAAAUAUCUUUAACCUUUCUUAAAAUACGGUGCACAUUUAGAGUUUUUCAGGUGUUCCAAAAAAAUACAACUAACGAUUCUUUUUGACAUUAAGCACGGAAAUCGAAAUUAACCUUAUUUUUACUUUUAUCAUUUAUGUAUUUUGAAAAUAUUUAAGUGUUACUCAUAUGCAUUCUACAAAUUUUUAACUACCCAGGAUGUCGAGUUUCUAUCUCCUUCCACAACUGCAACGCUUUUAUUUCUUGCGGCACAGAAAUGGUCUCUGAACGAACUCCUGUUAUUUCAGCACUUUUUGCAAAAUACAAUACUUCAACCUGAAAGUAAAGAAAACGCUUUUAAUAACAACUCAUACUCGUUUUCUGACUGUCAAUGUUGAGCAGUUUUCUCAUUUUCCAAAUGUAUUGCUUUAAUCAAAGACAAAUUUUAUAAAGAAAAUUAAAUAACCCGUAAAAAAUUUCAGUAUACCUACAAGUUCAAAUUCUGAAAACUUGUUGUUCUAAAUACAAUUCAGACUAAUUUCUGGAUGCCUUUUAGUUUUACAAACUUAAGUGUGCCAUCAUUAAAAUCCUAAGUAUUUAUCUUCUAGGAAAACAUGUUAAGCCUGCCUUAAUUGAUAUAAAAGUAUAGCACCUUUUAUAAAUAUGUAAGCAAAGAACAAAUGUUUGAGUCAAGAGAUGAGUUACACAAAUAAAAUAAAUGAAUAAAUAAGCGAAAAACCUGUUUCUCACGGUUGUCAAAUGACCUUAGAUUCCGGUCUGUAUAACAUCGUCCCCAGACGCUAAGGAUUAAGUUAUGCAACAUAGUAAAUCUGACAUUUACAGAAGCAAGUAGGUUUGAAACACACGACAGACUGGAAUUUGCUAGAACAAACUUGUGCCAGCAGCCUGGUAUGUAAGGGAUCCGACGAAGUAAAAUAGGCACCUGUCACUCCGUGCAAACAACUCUUUACGAAAUAAUUACAGGUUUGCAAAUGAUCAAGGGUGUAGAAAUCCACAGAUGAAGCACAGUUCUUCACAAGAAUUCUCCAUGAGGUGCAUUUCUUUUUAGAUUAAAAUUUUAGCUUCAUCAAAACGAAUAAUCUGGGAAAGAGGUGGUCAUAAAAGGUGGAGGCGCCUUCAGAACGAGUCCGUCCUUGCUGCCGUGAGCUGACAAGAGUUCUCGGAGAGGACCCGACUUCUGCUGGGGCAGUGGCAGUAAAGCCCGGAGACAGGAAGGGCCCGGGGGCGGGGGCGGGGGCGCCCCCGAACCCAAGACGCCGGCCAGGUUGGGGGCUAGUGGGGAGGUCCGACUGACCAAGGCUGGGUAUGUGGAGGGAAAGGGCGGGAGAGACACGUCGAGGAGGGCUCCGCACCCAGGCCCGCACGCACACCCGCCACCCUUACCUGGCACAGCGGCACCAUCCCGCCUAGGACAGCGGGACCGAAUCACGGCCGCAAAGGCGCAGGCGCGGGCUCACCCGGAGCGCAGGCGUAACCCGACGGCGCUCAGCCCCCGCCUGCGCCUGCACGGAGCAUGCGCACAAGCAGCUCCGCCCCGCGCCGGACUCUGGCUGUUUCCCUCAGGCGGCCUGUUCCACGCCAGGAUUAGUUUUGCUUCGCAGAUGGGCCGUGGUGGUGAGAGGAAGCAAUCAGUAUGGAAAUGGAGAAAUGGCUUACCAUGCAUGUCCUUCUCCCCAGGAGGGAGGUCGUGGUGCAGGCGAGCAGGCGCCAAACUCACCUGGACACUUGCCGCCUGCGUUAUGGAGGCUUAGCUGAUAACCUUGCAGGGGCCUUCAGGCUUUUCCACUAGCUCACCUUUAGGCUUCUGACCCUUUUACCUACGAUUGAAAAAAGACGAGAUUCCAUGAGACUAGAAAUGUAGGAGCAUCUCAGACCUUCACAGAACGCUCUGUUAGAAGAUGAGAAACAUAACGUUGCUUGUGAGAGGUAAAGCCAGCUGGACUUCCUGGGUCCAGUGAGGACUUGGAGAACUUUUCUGUCUAGCUAAAGGAUUAUAAAUGCACCAAUCAGCACUCUGUAAAAACACACCAAUCAGCGCUCUGUGUCUAGCUAAAGGAUUGUAAAUGCACCAAUCAACACUCUGUAAAAACGCACCAGUAAGCGCUCUGUGUCUAGCUAAAGGAUUCUAAAUGCAUCAAUCAGCGCUCUGUAAAAAUGUACCAAUCAGCGCUCUGUGUCUAGCUAAAGGAUUGUAAAUGCACCAAUCAGCACUCUGUAAAAUGGACCAAUCAGUACCCUGUAAAAUGGACCAAUCAGCAGGACGUGGGCAGGGACAAAUAAGGGAAUAACAGCUGGCCCCCCCAGCCAGCAGUGGCAACCCACUCGGAUCACCUUCCAUGCUGUGGAAGCCUUGUUAUUUCACUUUUCACAAUAAAUCUUGGUGCUGCUUACUUUUUGGGUCCAUGCCACCUUGAAGAGCUGUAACACUCACCGCGAAGGUCUGAGCCUUCAUUCUUGAAGUCAGUGAGACAAAGAACCCACCGGAAGGAACCAAUUCCAGACACACGUGUAGUAGCAAAUUAUCAAAAAUGUUCAUUGCCUUUUCUGAAAAACAAUUUUCCCAGAAACACCUGGCAGAAUCAGAGUUCAUUGUGUCAAAAGAAAAACUUUGGACAAAUUAAAAUGAGCAAAGAACAAUUUGUGAAUUGUGCCCCUCUCCCAACCAGAACAGGUUCAAAGAGACUCCAGUGCUGCCACGUGAUCAAAGAAUUAUGGACAAAAAAAGCAAAUAAAUUACAGGAAAAGAAAAUGAGGUACAGAAACAGCUGGAUUGGUUACAGCUUGGUGUUUACCUUACUUGAACAAGGUUCGAACAGUUGGCUGCCUUUGAUGGCCUGCAACACAGUGAUUGGUAUAAGAGUAGGUUACAGCCUGUUUACACAUGCAGUUAGGUUACAAUUCACUGUGUGUUGAGAAACCUUUAGACCAAACUUAAAAUUUGUAAGGAGGCAGCUUUAGGCUAAACUUGAUUUAAAAGUUAUUAGAUGUUCCAUCAGUCGUUUCGCCAAUAGGUAAUAGGUUUUUUUGGUUUUGUUUUCUGUGCUAUUAAAAUAGUAUAUAAAACUUGUCAUCAUUGAUUCUGAUUUAUCAUGUUACAGUUCAGUCUCUAAUUGAACUGAGCCUAUUUUUUUCCCUAAAAUCCAACCUAUUCAUCCAUUUACACAGAUUUUUUAAAAUCUAAAUAUUUUAUAUCAAAUUGCUAAAAAUGUUUAGUCACAUUCUUUUUCUAUUGCUGCCCAUAUAUUUUCUGCCAUCAUUUUCAGCUACUAAAUAGUAUCUAGUCCUAGAUAUCUGGUAACCCAUUAUCAGGAACUCUUCGUGAAAUGCUUUAGUGACCUUGUUUAAGUCAGUAAUAAAGUUGAGGUUUAUAAUCAUAUUCUAUUACCAAAAAAAAUACAGGUGAUAGAUUUUCAAAUGUCAGCCCAUGUCUACUCCUUUAUUUCCCAGUGUGGCAGAAUUUUUGAACAGUGAAAAUAUUUCUGUCUGAGGAAGUUUGGACUAUGUGGUGUGAGAUCUGUAGACAUUGGACUAAUGUCAUUAACAUAUUUUAAUAUUUAAAUUUAUUAAAAAAUAGAUAAUGCAGUAGUUACUUUUUGAAGGACGACUGAAGCAGGAUAUUUCCCUGACCCCUUCAUGGGACCCAUGUCAGAGGUGUUUACUCAGCCUGCUGCCCACAACUCCUCACAGGAGGGAGCGCACAAGUGAACGAGGGUGAGGACUGGAGAGCACCAGCACUGGAACAACCCGGCCACUUCGGCGCUAGUGGGAUCAAACUCCAUCACUUGGACACACUGUGUUCCACCCCUCGUGGGAGGGAGCAUGCAGGUGAGAGGAUGCAGGAGUCAGGGUGAGCACUUUUGGGCUCCAGCAGGAGCAAGCUCUGUGCAGGGCCCUGCAGCAGUGACUGUGGGGCUGCCUGUGACUCCCAAAGCCCCAGAGGACAUGCUACAGUGCUCUUUUAGCUCUACCAUCCGUAGGUGGCUUAAGUGUAAACAGCUCAGUGGGCCCUUUGCCUUUUUGCAUGAGGCAGCUGCCCUAAGCAAGAGUAAAGGGCCAGUGUCACAGCCUUCUGUAUCUGUACUCAUGACUCCUGAGCGCUUGUCCUGCAUUCAGGGAAAAUGAGGUUACACAAAAGAAUUCACAGAUGGUAAAUGCAGGGUAUUUUAUUCCCAGCGAAAGUGGCUCUCAGCAGGAAGGAGAGCAGAAAAGGGGAUGGGCUGGGUAGGUAAUCUUCCCCUGAAGUCCUGCCAUCUCUGGCUGGAUUUUUCUCCAAAGUUACAGCAUCAAAAUAUCCCUCUGAAAUCAAGCCACUUCUCUCUGACAUCCAGCCGUAGUCCCUCACGUCCAGUUGCUUCUCCUCUCUGCUGGCUGAGUCUGUGGUCUUUAUAGCACAGGAUGGCGGGCAGGGUGGGCCAUGGGUAAUUUAGGGAAAAGCAACAUUUGAGCAGACAAAAGGGAGAGAAGUUCUCUACUUUGGGCUGCGGUUUCAGGCUUUUUGGCUUGAGGGUGGGGUUUUGUCAGGGACCCUCCCUUUUCUGCCUAAAAUUUCUCUGCCUCCUGCCUCUAUCACUGUAUCACUAGUUUGAAGUAAACCCAUCUGGAAUUACUGAUUUUAACAAAUCACACAGAAUUUCAAGCACCUUUCUAUGCAAAUGACUUGUGAAGACAUAGAGUAUAGUAUGCUGUUAACAAACAGCCCAGCAGUGUGCCUUGCACCUUGUAGGUGUACAAAAUAUUAAGUCAGUUUUAUAAUUGAAGGAGGUAAUUUUAAAAUGCUACAUCCAUGUUGUGUAAUUUUAUUCAUUGGUCAUUUUAAAUAAAAACAAAAGCCAGAAUAAA